AGUCCAUACCACUACCUCCGAAGAAGUAGAAAGCUUCCGAGUACUAUCAAGAAAUUAAAAUUAUUAUUAUGGAUCAGUGGAUGAAACUUUUUGUUCUUGGUGCUGGCUCUUAUGGCAAAGUGUAUAUUAUGCUGUGAAAUUCUAUUCUUCUUCUUUAUUUGCUGAAGUUGCUGCUGUUAAAUGUUCAGAUAUUCAUCGUUCAAAUUCACUUAAACUAGAAGUGCAAAUCUUGACAACUCUCAAAGGUUGUCCCAACGUGGUCCAGUUUUUUGGAGCAGCCUUAAGCGUCGAUAACGGCAUUCCAACUUACAAUUUGUUUCUUGAAUAUGCUGUGGUGGGUCUCUCCACGAUUUGAUCAUCAAUUCGAAGAGAGGGCUGAUGAAGAUGUCAGAAUUGGAAGUAGGUUUCUACACAUAUCAACUCUUAAAUGGUAUUGUACACGUCCAUAAGAAAGGAUGGGUUCAUUGUGAUAUUAAACCCGCUAAUGUUUUGGUUUUUGAUAAUGAACGUGGUGGAAUGCACAAGUUGAAAUUGGCUGAUUUCGGAUUGUCGUUGAGAGUUGGUGAUGGGAUGGCAUAUAUGACUGGACGUGCAUUGAGUAACCGUGGAACUCUACUUUAUGCACCUCCAGAAUCUUCGACGCACGGUUUUCAUUCCAAAGCUUAUGAUAUAUGGUCGUUAGGGUGCACCGUGGCAGAGAUGAUGACUGGGUAUCGCGUUUGGAUUGAUUGCAGCACUAAAGAUCUGCAGUGGAUGAUUAUGACUGAAGAUCCCAUGAUUCCGACUAAUAUUUCAGAGAUAGCCAAAGAUUUUUUGCACAAGUGUUUCAUAAGGGACCCUCUAGGAAGAUGGACAUCGGAACAACUACUGCAACAUCCUUUUAUUCAGCAAGCUUUAUGUACUGCGUCAAUUUCAUUAAUGCCUGAAACUCAAGAGGUGACAAGAAGGGUUAGUCCUUUUGGUUGCCAAAUUCCAAUUCCAGAGAAGGACUUCAUCAGUUUGCCCUUAGAAGCAGUUUAAACAGAACGUAUUGAAUAGGAAUGCAACAACACUUAGAAUUUAGAUAGUGUAUUAUAUAUGGAGUAGAACUACUUAGCAGAAACCAAAUUGUGUAGUAAUUGUCAAAAAGAUGUAUUACUUAGCAGGAUGUAUUCCAAUUCCAGAAUAAUAUCCAUUCUAUUCGUUA